AUGUUUGUCGUGGGGAAUAUCUACGUGAUCGCGGCCGUGUCCGUCAUUGGCGGUGCGCUGUUUGGUUUUGAUAUCUCGUCCAUGUCGGCGAUUAUCAGUACUCCUGCCUACAAAUGUUACUUCAACCAUGGACCUAAUGGUCCCCCGUUCAAUGAUGAACCCGACUGCUCUGGUCUUAGCUCGCUGGAGCAGGGUGGUGUCACUGCAGCUAUGCCUGGUGGCUCUUGGCUUGGUGCCUUGAUUUCGGGUUUCAUUUCGGAUCGUCUGGGUCGCAAGUAUUCUAUCAUGGUUGGUUGUGUUAUCUGGGUUAUUGGCUCCAUUAUCAUCUGUGCGUCCCAGAACAUGGGUAUGCUCAUCGCUGGUCGUAUCAUCAACGGUCUCAGUGUCGGUAUCGAGUCCGCUCAGGUCCCUGUUUACAUCUCUGAGAUUGCACCUCCCUCCAAGCGUGGUCGUCUCGUUGGUUCUCAGCAGUGGGCUAUUACAUGGGGUAUCCUCAUCAUGUACUACAUCUCCUUCGGCUGCUCCUACAUCGGAGGCAAGCUCCCAACCGACUACAGCGAAUCCGUCUUCCGCAUUCCCUGGGGUGUCCAAAUGGUCCCCGCCGUACUCCUCUUCUUCGGAAUGAUGAUCCUCCCCGAAUCCCCCCGCUGGCUCGCCCGCCACGACCGCUGGGAAGAAGCCCAAUCCGUCCUAGCCCUAGUCCACGGCAAAGGCGACGCCAACAGCCCCUUCGUCGUUGCUGAGAUGCAGGAAAUCCGCGACAUGUGCGAGUUUGAACGCGAAAACAAGGACGUCUCUUACAUGGAACUCUUCCGCCCCAAAAUGGUCCACCGCACCAUGACCGGUAUCUGGUGUCAGAUCUGGUCCCAGCUCACUGGUAUGAACGUCAUGAUGUACUACAUUACCUAUGUCUUCUCCAUGGCCGGUUACGAAGGCGACGCUACCCUGCUCGCCUCCUCUAUCCAGUACAUCAUCAACGUCGUCAUGACCGUCCCCGCCUUGAUCUGGGUUGAUCGCUGGGGUCGUCGUCCUACUCUCCUCAUUGGUGCUACGUUUAUGAUGAUCUGGAUGUUCGCCAACGCUGGUAUCAUGGGCAAGUACGGUGUCAUCGUGCCGGGCGGUAUCAAGGGUGUUGCUGAGGAAUCGAUGAGACUCUCCGGUGCCCCUGCUAAGGGUCUUAUUGCUUGCACAUACCUCUUCGUCGCUUCCUACGCGCCUACUUGGGGCCCUGUCUCGUGGGUCUACCCUCCUGAGCUGUACCCCCUGCGUGUGCGUGGUAAGGCUGUUGCGUUGGCUACGUCAGCUAACUGGGCGUUUAAUACUGCGCUUGGUCUGUUUGUGCCCUCUGCGUUUGCCAAUAUCCGUUGGCAGACUUACAUCAUCUUUGGUGUCUUCUUGUUUGUUAUGCUGCUUCAUGUUUACUUCCUUUUCCCUGAGACUGCUGGUAAGACUCUUGAGGAGACAGAGCAGAUCUUUGAGGAUCCUAAUGGUAUUCCUUACAUUGGAACUCCUGCUUGGAAGACUACUCAUGAUACAAAGCGCACUGUUGCUGCUGAGUCGGGAGAUGUCGAGAUUCUUGGAGAGAAGUUGGCUGGUAGUGAGAAGCGGGGUGCUUCGCAUGCUGAGGUUGUUCCUAAGACCGCCUAA